UUACCAAAUAACUUUUCAGACAAAACGACGUCUUACCGGAGAUUGGAACUUCAGAUCGUCUCUCUCUGUUUCUUGUUUUCAAGGCUUUACUCCAUCUGAUAUAAUUCUAUGUGCACUAGGAGAACAUUAGACGAUACCACUAUUUAGUAGUAACAGAGACUUGUAUGAAAAGAAUAGAAUGGGAGAUACUAGUCCAAGAACAUCAGGCUCAACAGAUGGCGACAUGGAUCAAAACAACCUAAUGUACGAUGGAGGGCAUGUGGGUGAAUCUAGCGACCGUUCAAAGGAAAAAAUGGAUCAAAAGACGGUUCGUAGGCUCGCUCAAAACCGUGAGGCUGCAAGGAAAAGCAGAUUGAGGAAGAAAGCAUAUGUUCAGCAGCUAGAGAACAGCCGUUUGAAGCUAACACAGCUUGAACAGGAGCUGCAAAGAGCAAGGCAACAAGGUGUCUUUAUCUCAAGCUCUGGAGACCAAGCCCAUUCAACUACUGGAAAUGGGGCAAUGGCGUUUGAUGCAGAGUACAGACGCUGGCAGGAAGAUAAGAACAGAAAGAUGAAGGAGCUUAGUUCUGCUUUGGAUUCUCACGCGAGUGAACCUGAGCUUAGGACAAUCGUAGAAGCAGUGUUGGCUCACUACGAGGAGCUUUUCAGGAUAAAAAGCAACGCAGCUAAGAACGAUGUCUUCCAUUUACUAUCAGGGAUGUGGAAAACACCAGCUGAGAGAUGUUUCCUGUGGCUUGGCGGUUUCCGUUCAUCAGACCUUCUCAAGCUUAUAGCGAGUCAGGUGGAGCCAUUGACGGAACAACAAUCACAAGACCUAAACAACUUGCAAGAAUCUUCUCAACAAGCGGAAGAUGCUUUGUCUCAAGGGAUGGACAGUUUACAGCAAUCACUCUCCGAGACUCUAUCUAGCGGAACUCUUGGUUCAAGCUCGUCAGGGAACGUGGCUAACUACAUGGGUCAGAUGGCAAUGGCCAUGGGGAAGUUAGGUACACUUGAAGGAUUCAUCCGCCAGGCUGAUAACUUGAGGCUACAAACGUAUCAACAAAUGCUGAGAAAGUUGACAACCAGACAAUCAGCUAGGGCUCUCCUUGCGAUACAUGAGUAUUCGUUGCGGUUACGUGCUCUUAGCUCUCUAUGGCUUGCUAGACCAAGAGAGUGAACCAAUCACAUGCCAACUGUUUAGUCUUUUUUACCUUCAAAGAAGGCCUACAAAAUUUGAGAUUGCCUAAGAUUCUUAGCAUAUUUAUAUGAUUUGAUGACUUUGAAUAUCUAGCUCUUAUACUAUAGUGUAUGAUUAGAUUGUAUUGUGUGUUGAGAUUAUAAAGUUUGUUUUUGGAGAAGUACUUCAAACACUGAUGAGAAGA